AAACCCUUUUAAAAAUGGAGAAUAGGAAACGUCGCACUUCACCUUCCUGUAGAAAACAACUGAUUCACGCUCCGCUCUGCUCUGCAUCUUUGCGCAAAGUUUCUCAAUGCCAAAUAUGGCAUUUUGGGGGGCUUUUAUAGAACCAGGGAAACCUUACACACUACGGUUGCAUAAUAAUAAAAGGCGUGUUCGGAUUUCACAGGCAACACUGGGGGAGCGUAGUGGAUUGUGGAAAUCAAGAUCUAUAGUUCGAUGUGCCAUUGGCAGUCAACCUCCAAUUUCGAUCUGCUCAUUGUGCAAGGAAUUUCAUUGCUGUCAGUUGGAUCUUGAGUUCGAGGAGUUUGAUGAUGUUGUUUUCUCAGUUGUCGGUCCACGUGGCAUCCACCUUGCCGGUUAUUACCUCCCUUCCAACGGAACCAGCAGUAAAAGUACUGGAACUGAUGAACUUGGAGUGUAUCCUUCAUUCUUGAGUGUAGUUUUCGGUUGUAUACUUUGGCAGCAUUAGCAUAGCAUAAGAAAAUUCACUACUCUUUUUACUUCUCUAAGAUGAACUAAACCUGUACCAGCACUAAAACAGUAUACAUACUAUUGGAUUAGGAGAUACAACUGGUCGAUUUGAAAAAAAAAAC